UCCCUCUCUCCUCCCUCUCUCUUCCCUCCUCUCUCUCUCUCUCUCUCUCUUCUGUGAUCACCCUGCGCCUCGCGGAUCGGAUCUGUGCCUCGUUUGUUCGCACGCCAAAAAACGAGCUCCGAUCGCUACGCCGUCCAAGACUCGGAAAUUCGGAGCAAAGGUUAUCGUUUUCUAGGGCUUUAUUCCCGCGCUUUUUCUCUCUCUGUUCCCCCUUCUCUCUCUAUUGGCAAGAACAUGAAGUUAUGUGCGUCGUGUUUGGCUCCUCGGAAUUCCGUAAUCUGAUCCGACUGCGCGCUUUCUCGGAGACUGUCUCACUCUCCGACCGUCCAAAAUGGCGGCUUCUCCCGUCAAGUUUCUCUUCGGGUUCUUGCUCAUUUCCAUUGUAUUGUGGCUCCUCUUCAUAUUCACAUCAAGGUUGCUAGCUUGGAUUUUGAGCCGGAUAGUGGGAGCAUCUGUUAGAUUUAGGGUUGGUGGAUGGAAAUGUCUGAAGGACGUCGUGGUGACAUUCAAAAAGGGUGCUGUUGAAUCUGUAUCUGUUGGUGAAAUUAAACUUAGCUUACGACAGUCCUUGGUCAAACUUGGGGUCGGUUUUAUUUCCAGAGACCCGAAGCUGCAAGUGUUAAUAUGUGACUUAGAAGUUGUAAUGAGGCCUUCCACUAAAAGUACAUCGAAGGCUAAAGCUAAAAAGGCACGCGCUUCUGGCAGGGGAAAAUGGAUGGUUGUAGCCAACAUUGCACGAUACUUAUCAGUUUCUGUGACAGAUCUUGUUUUGAAGACGCCCAAAGCUACUGUUGAAGUUAAGGAACUGAAAGUGGAUAUAUCUAAAAAUUUUGGAUCUCAGCAAAAUUUGUUGGUUAAGCUACAUAUAUUACCUAUUGUUGUUCACAUGGGUGAACAGCGUGUUAGUAUUGAUCAAUCAUCCAAUUUCAGCUCUGGAGGGUGCCUUUCUGCUGGUCAGUCAUCUUGCGCCAUAAUGGAGAGAUCAUCUGCUAAUUUUUUCUGUGAAGAGUUUUCCCUCUGUUGUGUAUUUGGCCAUGAUAGGGAAGUUGGUGUAGUUAUCAAGAAUGUGGACGUUACCAGUGGAGAGGUCACUGUGAACCUAAAUGAGGAGAUGCUUUCAAAAAGCAAGAGUUCAUUACAAUCCUCUUCUCAAUCUGAUAAAGUUAUGGAAACGACAGUUGCUUCGUUGGACUCAAGAAAGGAAAACAAAAAACAAAGCGUUGUUGUUGCUCUUUCAAAGUAUGCUUCUCUAUUUCCCGAAAAGUUUUGCUUCAAUUUACCGAAGCUGGAUGUGAAAUUUGUACAUCUUGAAUAUGAUUUGGUUGUCGAGAAUAACAUCAUGGGAAUUCAGUUGAAGAGCACCAAAUCACAAGCCAAUGAAGACGUUGGGGAGAGUACACGCCUAGAUGUUCAAUUGGAUUUUAGUGAGAUUCAUCUUCUUAGAGAAGCUGGCACUUCUGUCCUAGAGAUACUAAAAGUGGAUGUCGUCUCACUUGUCUACAUUCCGAUACAGCCAUCUUCACCUAUUAGAGCUGAAGUUGAUGUAAAACUGGGAGGUACUCAAUGCAACCUCAUAAUAAGUAGGUUAAAGCCAUGGUUGCGCUUCCAUUUCUCUAAAAAGAAGAGGAUGGUGCUUCGGGAUGAAGUUUCUGCUACUGAAAAGGCACCAGUUAGUGACGUCAAACCUAUCAUGUGGACGUGUACUCUUUCAGCCCCUGAGAUGACUAUUAUACUCUAUAGUCUCAACGGUUUGCCAUUAUAUCAUGGCUGCUCUCAAUCGUCACACGUGUUUGCAAACAAUAUUUCUAAUACUGGAACUGCUGUACACAUGGAACUUGGUGAGUUCAAUCUGCACAUGGCAGAUGAAUACCAAGAAUGCUUGAAAGAAAACCUUUUUGGCGUGGAAUCAAAUUCAGGUUCCUUAGUGCACAUAGCAAAGAUUAGUUUGGAUUGGGGAAAAAAGGAUAUGGAAUCAUCUGAAGAAGAUGGUACUAGGUGUAAAUUGGCUCUAUCUGUUGAUGUAACUGGUAUGGGUGUUUAUUUCACUUUCAAGCGUGUUGAGUCACUUAUAUCAACGGCUAUGUCUUUUCAAGCUCUUCUAAAAACUUUGUCUGCUUCUGGGAAAAAAACAUCCCACGGGCGUGGAGGACGUUCAUCCAGAUCGUCUGGGAAAGGGACUCGACUUUUGAAAUUUACUCUCGAAAGAUGUUCAGUAAAUUUCUAUGGUGAUUCAGGUCUGGAAAAUACGGCUGUUGCAGACCCCAAGCGUGUAAAUUAUGGAUCGCAGGGUGGUCGAGUUACCGUAAGUGUAUCAGCAGAUGGCACACCUCGAUGUGCAGAUGUGAUGUCCACAAUUUCUGAUGAAUGCAAGAAGUUGAAGUAUUCAAUUUCUCUUGACAUCUUUCAUUUUAGUUUGUGCGUGAACAAGGAAAAACAGCCAACACAGGUGGAACUUGAAAGAGCCAGAUCAAUCUAUCAGGAAUAUUUGGACGAACAAAAACUGGAAACUAAAGUGACGUUGUUUGACAUACAAAAUGCUAAAUUUGUGCGACGUUCUGGUGGUCUUAAGGAGAUUUCUGUCUGCUCUCUUUUCAGUGCAACUGAUAUUACAGUUAGGUGGGAGCCUGAUGUACAUCUGACACUGUUUGAACUGGGUUUACAGCUGAAGUUACUGGUACACAAUCAGAAGCUUCAGAGACAUGAUAAUGAUUGUAUGGAAGAUGUUUGGAGUAUGCGAGAUGCUGAAGAGAAGAAAGAUGCCAGCACUGAGCCAGGAACUUUUGAUAAGCACAAGAAAAAGGAAUCCAUUUUUGCUGUUGAUGUGGAACUGCUGAGCAUAUGUGCUGAGGUUGGAGACGGGGUUGAGGCAUUGGUUCGGGUUCAGUCAAUUUUCUCUGAAAAUGCCCGUAUAGGAGUACUUCUUGAAGGACUUAUGCUUAGUUUUAAUGGUUCCAGAGUAUUAAAAAGUAGUCGCAUGCAAAUUUCACGUAUCCCUAGCGUCUCAACAGGUUCAUCUGAUGUGAAAGUGCCUGCAACUACCACUUGGGAUUGGGUAAUUCAAGGUCAUGAUGUUCAUAUUUGCAUGCCAUAUAGAUUGCAAUUGCGUGCCAUUGAUGAUUCUAUUGAGGAUAUGCUGCGAGGUCUUAAACUAAUUACUGCUGCUAAAACUAAUCUUAUUUUCCCGAUAAAGAAAGAUAACUCAAAAGCUAAGAAGCCUAGUUCAAUGAAAGUUGGCUGUGUAAAGUUUUGUAUACGCAAGCUAACUGCUGAUAUUGAGGAGGAACCCAUGCAGGGUUGGCUUGAUGAACACUAUCAGUUGAUGAAGAAUGAGGCUUGUGAGUUAGCUGUGAGAUUAAAAUUUCUUGAAGAAUUUACUUCCAAGCUCAAUCCUAAAGCUGCUGAAACAAAUGAUUCUAGUCAAGAAAGAAAGAUUUGCUUUAAUGGAAUUGAGAUUGAUGUACGUGAUCCUUCAGCUGUUAGCAAAUUGCAGGAAGAGAUUUAUAAACAAUCAUUUCGAUCAUAUUACAAGGCAUGUCAGAAUCUAUUACCUGCAGAAGGUUCAGGUGCUUGCUUGAGAGGGUUCCAGGCUGGUUUUAAGCCUAGCGCUGCUAGAACUUCUCUUCUUUCCAUCACUGCCACAGAUUUAGAUUUGAGCUUGACAAGGAUUGAUGGGGGGGAUGAUGGCAUGAUAGAGGUUUUAAAGAAGCUAGAUCCUGUAUGUCGUGAAAACAACAUACCAUUUUCUCGACUAUAUGGGAGGAAUAUUAACUUACAUACAAGCGUUCUUGUUGUUCAGCUACGCAAUUAUAAUAUUCCUCUCUUUUCUGCUACUUCCGGUAAAUGUGAAGGUCGCGUUGUGCUAGCACAACAGGCCACAUGUUUUCAGCCACAAAUUUACCAAGAUGUCUACAUUGGGAGAUGGCGAAAAGUGCGCAUGCUUCGUUCUGCUAGCGGUACAACACCACCAAUGAAGACAUAUUCAGAUUUGCCUAUUUAUUUUCAUAAAGCUGAAGUUUCCUUCGGAGUGGGAUAUGAACCAGCUUUUGCUGAUAUUAGCUACACUUUUACAGUGGCUCUUCGCAGAGCUAAUUUAAGUGUUAGAGAUCAGUCACUUGCUAAUUCUUCUCUCCCACAAACACUGCCACCAAAAAAGGAACGGAGUUUACCUUGGUGGGAUGAUGUAAGAAAUUACAUCCAUGGAAAUAUCACCUUAUUUUUCUCUGAAACCAGAUGGAGUAUUCUUGCAACUGUUGAUCCUUAUGAGAAAUUUGACAAACUCCAAAUAAUCUCUCGUUAUAUGGAGAUUCAGCAGUCAGAUGGUCGUGUUUUUGUUUCUGCAAAGGAUUUUAAGAUUUUAUUAAGCAGUUUAGAGAGUUUGGCAAGCAGUCGUGGUGUAAAACUUCGUAGAGGUGUAUCUGGUGCAUUCAUUGAAGCCCCAGCCUUCACUCUUGAAGUUACAAUGGAUUGGGAAUGUGAAUCUGGCACUCCCCUGAAUCAUUAUUUACAUGCACUUCCAGUUGAAGGUGAACCUCAUCAAAAGAUUUUUGAUCCCUUCCGAUCUACUUCGCUGUCCCUUCGCUGGAACUUUUCUCUUAGACCUCCUUCCUGUGAAAAGCAAUCCCCUUCUACCAUGAGAGAUGCUGCUGAUGUAGAUGGAACGGUCUUUGGCCCUCCUGUUAAACUUGAGAGCAAUUCAGUUGUUUUGCCGACAGUGAAUGUUGGUGCACAUGAUUUAGCAUGGAUAAUGAAGUUCUGGAAUAUGAAUUAUAUUCCUCCUCACAAACUGCGGUCCUUCUCUCGUUGGCCUCGUUUUGGAGUUCCAAGAGCCCCAAGAUCAGGUAACUUGUCAUUAGACAAAGUAAUGACAGAGUUUAUGCUCCGUAUUGAUGCUACUCCUACUUGUAUAAAGCACAUGCCAUUGGACGAUGAUGAUCCUGCCAAAGGAUUGAUGUUCAAUAUGACAAAGCUGAAAUAUGAACUCUGUUAUAGUCGAGGCAAGCAAAAGUAUACUUUUGAAUGCAAGCGUGACCCCCUUGAUCUUGUUUACCAGGGUCUUGACCUUCACAUGCCUAAAGCAGUUUUAAAUAACAAUGAAAGUACUAGUAUUGCAAAGGUAGUGCAAGUGACAAGGAAAAAUUCACAAUCUGCUUCCAGCGAGAGAGUUGCUAGUGAAAAAGGUAACCACACGAAUAGUUGCACAGAGAAACAUCGUGAUGAUGAAUUUUUGUUGUCAUCCGAUUAUUUCACAAUCAGAAGGCAGGCUCCUAAGGCUGACCCUGCUAGGUUGUUAGCUUGGCAAGAAGCUGGAAGAAAAAAUCUUGAGAUGACAUACGUGAGGUCUGAGUUUGAAAAUGGGAGCGAGAGUGAUGAACAUACAAGAUCUGAUCCAAGUGAUGAUGAUGGAUACAAUGUGGUAAUAGCUGACAAUUGCCAACGUAUUUUUGUUUAUGGUCUCAAGCUUUUGUGGACUAUUGAGAACAGGGAUGCUGUAUGGUCCUGGGUUGGUGGCAUAUCGAAAGCAUUUGAACCUCCAAAGCCUUCUCCAUCUCGACAGUAUGCCCAAAGAAAAUUGCUCGAGGAGAACCAACUACAUGAAGGAGCUGAUUCGCAGCAAGGUGGUAUCUCAAAGCUCCCUACUACCAGCCAUAGUACAAAUGCUUCUACCCAACAUACAGAGGCGUCCAUACCAGUUUCAUCUCCAUCCCAUUCAGUUAAAGUAGAGAACUCAUUUUCUGCUGAUAAAAUGGAUAACUCAUCAUUCAUCUCUGUUGUUAAAGAUGUAAAGUUAAAUGACUCUGAGGAAGAGGGGACUCGUCAUUUCAUGGUGAAUGUUAUUGAGCCACAAUUUAAUCUUAACUCAGAAGAAGCCAAUGGUAGAUUUCUGCUUGCUGCUGUCAGUGGCCGUGUUUUAGCACGAUCAUUUCAUUCAAUCCUUCAUGUUGGUUUUGAGAUGAUUGAGCAAGCGCUUGGUGGUGGAGAUGUCCAUAUUCCCGAGUGUGAACCUGAAAUGACAUGGAAAUGCAUGGAGUUCUCCGUGAUGUUGGAGCAUGUUCAGGCUCAUGUGGCUCCUACAGAUGUUGAUCCAGGGGCUGGAUUGCAGUGGCUUCCCAAAAUUUUUAGAAAUUCCCCCAAAGUAAAACGUACUGGUGCUCUUCUUGAGAGAGUCUUUAUGCCCUGUGAUAUGUAUUUUCGGUACACAAGGCACAAAGGUGGGACUCCAGAACUAAAGGUGAAGCCCCUGAAAGAGCUCAUUUUUAAUUCUCAUAAUAUCACAGCAACAAUGACUUCUCGUCAGUUUCAAGUUAUGCUGGAUGUCUUGACAAAUCUUCUUUUUGCUCGUCUUCCCAAGCCUCGUAAAAGUAGUCUCUCGUUUCCUGCUGUUUCUGCUGAAGAUGAUGAGGAUGUUGAGGAGGAGGCAGAUGAGGUUGUUCCUGAUGGUGUUGAAGAGGUGGAGCUUGCAAAAAUUAGCCUUGAGCAGAAAGAGCGGGAGCACAAGCUGAUUUUUAAUGACCUUAGAAAAUUGUCUUUUCGGUGUGACAUUUUUGGAGACUUAAACCCUGAAAAGGAGGGAGAACUCUGGAUGAUUUCUGGUUCAAGACCUAUGCUGGUACAAGGACUGAAAAGAGAGCUUGUCAGUGCACAAAAAUCAAGGAAGGCAGCAUCUGCUUCAUUAAGGAUGGCUUUACAGAAAGCUGCCCAGCUACGACUGAUGGAAAAGGAGAAGAACAAAAGCCCAUCAUAUGCCAUGCGCAUUUCUUUGCGAAUUAACAAAGUGGUUUGGAGCAUGCUUGUUGAUGGUAAAUCUUUUGCUGAAGCUGAGAUAAAUGACUUGAUUUACGACUUUGAUCGAGAUUACAAGGAUGUCGGAGUUGCUCAGUUUAAAACGAAGUAUUUUGUUGUCAGAAACUGCCUGCCUUAUGCUAAGUCAGACAUGCUUUUAUCAGCAUGGAAUCCUCCACCAGAAUGGGGAAAGAAAGUUAUGCUUCGUGUGGAUGCAAAGCAGGGCGCCCCAAAAGAUGGAAAUUCUCCUCUCGAACUUUUUCAGGUUGAGAUUUACCCCCUCAAGAUCCAUUUAACAGAGACAAUGUAUCGGAUGAUGUGGGAGUAUUUUUUCCCAGAAGAAGAACAAGAUUCACAAAGGCGGCAGGAAGUUUGGAAGGUUUCCACAACUGCUGGUUCAAAACGUGUGAAGAAAGUUUCUUCAACUCAUGAAGCUGCUGCAUCAAGCAGUCAUACAACAAAAGAGAAUGAGUUCCCAUCAAGAUCAAGUGUCUUUGCAUCUUCCACUAAUCAACCUUUGCUUCUUGCUGAUUCUACUCAAGCGUCGAAGUUGCAAAACCCAACAGCUAAUAUUGUUGGUGGUUCAGUCCCAGAAUUACGAAGAACAUCUUCUUUUGAUAGAUCAUGGGAAGAGACUGUAGCAGAAUAUGUUGCUUAUGAGCUUGUCUUACAGAGCAUUUCUUCAAAAAGUGGUCCUCUUGAUUCUGCUGAGCAACAAGAUGAAUCCUCGAGGAAUAAAUUGAAAGAUCCCAAAACUCUUAAAUCUGGUAGGUCCUCUCACGAAGAAAAAAAGGUAGCGAAGUCCCAUGAAGAGAAAAGAUCCAGGCCUCGGAAAAUGAUGGAGUUUCAUAAUAUCAAGAUAAGCCAGGUUGAGCUGUUGGUUACUUACGAAGGAUCAAGAUUUGUUGUGAAUGAUCUCAAGUUGCUGAUGGAUACAUUUCACCGUGUUGAGUUCACUGGGACUUGGCGUCGUUUAUUCUCCCGUGUUAAGAAGCAUAUCAUAUGGGGUGUCUUGAAGUCCGUUACAGGAAUGCAGGGCAAGAAGUUCAAAGACAAAGCACAUGGUCAGAGGGAACCAAGUGGGGCUGGUGUACCUGAUAGUGAUCUUAAUUUCAGUGAUGACGAAGGUCAGGCAGGAAAAUCUGAUCAGUAUCCAAUGACUUGGCUUAAGCGUCCAAGUGAUGGGGCAGGUGAUGGAUUUGUCACUUCCAUUAGAGGUCUUUUCAAUACUCAACGCCGCAAGGCAAAGGCAUUUGUCCUGAGGACGAUGAGGGGUGAAGCAGAAAAUGAUUUCCAAGGCGAUUGGAGUGAAAGUGAUGCAGAGUUCUCUCCCUUCGCUAGGCAGCUCACAAUAACCAAGGCCAAGAGGCUUAUCAGGCGCCACACGAAAAAGUUCCGCUCAAGAGGACAAAAAGGUUCAACCUCCCAACAGAAAGAAUCGCUGCCCUCAUCACCAAGGGAGACCACUCCAUUUGAAAGUGAUUCUUCAAGUGGGUCCUCACCUUAUGAGGAUUUUCAUGAUUAAACAUCUUGUGGUUGGAAAUGGAUUCUAAGAAGGACCUUGGGAGGAACGCCUACCCAGCACCCAUGCAUGGCUCCACUUGAGUAACAGAGCUGGGAAAUCAAAUUUAUCGACACUGCAGGCUUUGAGGUUGAGGGUUAAGACUUUGCCCGAUCAUCUUCAAACAACACUAGGCCGGGAUCCCAUACAUGGGACAGGGUUCUUACCUUUAACAAUGAUUUCCUUUGAAGUUCGAACAUCUUGGUAGAUCAUAGAGGUAAUGGCAAUUGACCGCGAGCACAGAGUUGAUCCGUUGCUGCUUUCCGAGUGUCUGAACUCAAUUUUGAUGGUGAAAAGGAAGCUAGUUCCUAUACCUCGUCUGUUAAACUUUGUAUAGUUUUGUUUAGAGGAAAAUAUAUAGAUAGCUAAAAUUGGAUGAACCACCAGCUUUUAUAUAUUUGUACAUACAUUUAAAUAUAUACUGAAAUAGAGUAAAUGCAAAAUUGCAUCUCUGCAAGACUCUGAAUGUUGUAAAAUACGAGGGUACUAGGACUUUUGUCGAGGAGGCCUUCUUGGUUGCAGCGCAGUAAACUAAACGUGUAUUC